CGCGAGGCUUGGGCAGCCUUCUUCCUGAGGGCGGCACCGCGGCUGGGCGGUGGGACCUGGGCGCCCGGGCGAGGGGCGGAGCUGGGAAAUGGCGUCCGGAGCGACCCGCUGGUUAGCACUGGCGCCCAUUCGAUGCAAGACUUUCUGGUACGGGCCGAGCUUGAGGAAAGGUGGCGGUGUCGUCGCCGUACGGGGCGGCUCAAGUCAGAGCCUGGUACCGUCGAGGUCAGUCAUCGUUACCCGCAGCGGCGCCAUUUUGCCCAAACCGGUGAAAAUGUCCUUUGGCCUUCUCCGUGUGUUCUCCAUUGUGAUCCCGUUUCUCUAUGUCGGGACACUUAUCAGCAAGAACUUUGCUGCUUUACUUGAGGAACAUGACAUUUUUGUCCCAGAGGAUGAUGACGAUGACGACUAACAGGCCAUGGAGGAAGAACAGAAUUGGGAAAGCACAAACAAGAAAUGGUGAAGCUCUCAGCAUUUCCUCCUUCCCUAUCAGCAGGGCCCAGGGAAAGCCCUCAGUCUCUUGAGUCCAGUGAGCCUCCUGAAUGGUCUGUGACCAUAGCCCAGAUCCCUAGGCCUUGGGAGCUUUCCUGAGAUGUGCUGUUCACUAGCACUGGGAAAACAAGCAAUCAAAUUUUGAAUAAACAUAAUAAACAUCAGCUAUGUGUGACUGAAUGGCAGCUGAAGUUUCUCGG